AUUUCAAACGAAUUAUUAGCCAGAUGUGUUUCGAAUGUGCGCAUGCGCGUCCGUACCGGCACACGCUUUCUCCCGCGAGUCGGUUAGUGCGUCUCGAGCCAGCGAGGGGGAAGUUCGGCGUAGCUCCCUCCUUUACGGAUAAUUUUUGACGUUUCUUUUCAAUUUUAUCUACUUUUUCGGGAAUAUCAUCGCACCACAGUUUGUUUCGAACUAGUAUACGUGCUUGCCGUGCUAAGCCGUGAUAAUAAAUUCAUUUUUUCGCGAAUGUAUAAAUAUAACAAGUGUCGCGUUCCGCGUAUUUGUCGCAUUAAUUCGUGAGUGUAUCGUAAGUGUUUUAAAAAGAAGAAUUAUGAGUGGUAUGCCGUCGAUGUUUUGUGUUAUCCUGAUCCUUGGCGUCGCGACGACCACGGUACGCGCCGGAUUAAAAUGUGACGCUGUCAAACCGUACUUCGAAUCUCAGGGUUUUCCUGCUAGCGACAUACCCAAGGAGGCGAUUUCGUCAAAGGAGCUGAAAAUAUGCGGCAGCGUGAGAAGCGGCGGAGAGGUGUGCUGUUCCGCGGACAUGGAAGUGAGAUUGCAGGCGAGGGCACGUGACAAACAUGAGAAAGCCACCAAAGAAACUCUUCAACGACUGCAUCAGGUCCUGUCGACCAGAGGGACCAGGUUUCACACUUUCUUUAAGAACCUCCUCGCAAAUAGCAAAAGUAGAUUCCACGAGAUGUUCAAGCAAACUUAUGGCACUCUUUAUGAACAAAACGCUUACGUUUUCAUGGAUCUCUUUACGGAGCUGGAAAAUUAUUACACCAAGGGAACGGUCGAUCUGGAUGAUCUGAUGGACAAUUUCUUCAGCACCCUCUAUCAGAAGAUGUUCAUCGUGCUCAAUGGCCAAUACCGCUUCGACAAUAAGUAUUUGGAAUGUCUGGGGGAACACAUGAAAGAGAUGAGACCAUUCGACGACGUUCCACAGAAAUUAAGCGUGCAGAUAAAGAGAUCCUUCGUAGCUACCAGAGCCUUUAGCCAAGCGCUCACGGUUGCCGCCGAUGUACUGAAGAAUAUGCAAGCGUUGAAACCGUCCGCGGACUGUGCAGCUGCACUCACCAGGAUGACAGUUUGUCCGUCGUGCAGUGGGAUCACCGGGAACGUGUUAGCAUGCGGUGACAUGUGUGCCAACGUGAUGAAGGGUUGCUUGGCCCAGCAUGCGGCUCUGGAUGCUGAAUGGAACCACUUCGUCGAGGCCGUGGACAAGGUGGCAGACCGAUUGUUGGGUCCCUUCAACAUCGAGAUGCUGGUACAACCCAUCAACUUGAAAAUCUCCGAAGCGAUAAUGAUCUUUCAAGAGACCAGCCAAGAAGUCUCGCAAAGGGUGUUCUCCGGUUGCGGUCGACCAGUCUUGGGUGGACGCAGACGAAGAGAUAAUCGAGAACUGGAGCUAGAGUCGCUGAACUUCGAUCAGGAAACGUUAACCGAGGACCGUGCCUCGACUGCCGCGAUUCUAGAUAAACUCGUGAAAGAGACGAGGCAGAAGGUCCGAGAUUCCCGGCAAUUUUGGGUUUUGUUACCCUACAAGCUGUGCAACGACGGUCUCGUAGUUCCACCCAGCAAUACGAAAGAGUGUUGGAACGGCACACACGUAGACAAGUACAUAUAUCCAGUAUCGUCGAACGGAGAGCUUCAAACAUUGAAUCCGGAAGUGAGGAGCUCGGGAUUUAGGUCGAUGGUCGUGAAAGAUCAAAUCUUCGCGUUGACGACCAUCACGAAUAGAUUGAAGACCGCGUUCAAUGGUCAAGAUGUCGAUUGGAUAGACACAGAGGACACCGAAUGGAACGGUUCAGGAAGCGGAUCCGGUGACACCACGGACCAAGAUCCGAUCACCGACGACGAGGACGGUUUCAAGGAAGGUUCAGGCUACGAACCUAAAUCCUUGCCACCGGAAAUAACGAAACAGCCUCCACCGGUGGUGAAUCCGGAAGCGGUGCCUCCGAGAAUCGACGUCGAGCCGAAGAUAAGCACCACCGCGAACAACAACAAUAACAACGGCACGUCCGCCGUGGAUAAUGGCGCGAACAGACAGAAGAUGUCUCUGUCACGUGCCCUGACAACGUAUCUCGUCCCAAUAGUGGUUAUGUGGUUCGGUGGCUGUCUCACCGAGUGGCUGUGAUCAUGUGGUGUUUCCCAGAACAUACUGUAAUGUAAAUAAUAUAAUUCGCGAGCGUUGCCACGUGUCCUCGACGAAUCGGUGAACGAGAUAAGCCUCGUGAUUUUGACCCAGAUCCGAGGACGACGAGUGUUACUCUUGAUGUAGACACGCGCGUUCUUUCAAUCCUUCGCGAACACGCGUGUAUUCUUAAAAAAUGGGAAGAGGUCGACCUUCGCUUAACCCGAAACGAGGUGAAGACUGGACUCGUCGUUAGAACAGAGAACGGACUUCUGGGCACUUUUCACGACUGACGAGCGUGCCUUCAGGACGAAUGGCAUGGUCGGCUCAAUUUCGAUAGUGAUUCGAGAUUAUUUAGAGCCUCGCUAACACUUCUCUGAGCCAUUCUUUGGAUUAAGAACGAGUCGUCGUGUUGUCACGGGUUAUAGAGUUAUAGUAAUGAAAAAUUCUUGGAAUUGGCAAUGUUUCGGUUAAAAAGUAUUCUCUUUUGAUAUUCCGCUGAUCGAUCUGGAUUCGCAUGCCCUACGAUGGUGAAGAAACGCGACGACCUAAUCUUUCGCUAUACAUAUAACAUUUGACCAUACACUGCGUGACGAUACCAAUUUCUACUCGGUACCAAUUCCAACAAUUUUCCACUUCAUCCUCAUCCGUGAUAAUAUAACAAUAGUAUAACUAUAAUUAACGACGGAGAAACUAAACCCUUCAAUUAAAAUUUUCUGUACAUUUUUGAUAAAGAAAAAUGUACAGUGGCGUAACAGAGGCGAAGACGACUACAGGAAUUUCAAUGGCCACCGAGUGUAUGUAGAAACGGAAAAGAGUGUAUACGAGUAGCGCAAGGACUGAUUAUCGAGCCUCGUAUUUCCUUUCCAGCUGCCUUCUUCCCCUGAACGUUUGAAAGAUUCAUGGCUCGAAGGGGGAGAGAGCUCGGGACGACUGUUGGACGAAAAAAUCGAUUAGGAUAGGGAUCUCGAUGAUGCGGUUGAAUUUAUUUUUACGUUCAUCGAACGAUCUUUAUUUUGUGCACCGCGAUAAAUUCUCAUUUAAUUUAAUUCGAGGAUGCAUUGCUUUUGUUCACUCGCCAUUCUGUUACGUCAUACGAUACUCGAUGAAAUGCGUGAAAUUGUGGCGUUGAAACGCGAUAGAUAAUGGGCUCCUGUGAUAAAAUAAAAAAGAAAAAAUGAGAGAAGGGACGAACAACGUAGAGUUGCCUUCACAUCUUGGCGACGUUGAGCUUAAACGCGGACGAAAGAGACAAUUUUACAAAUCUAGUGAAAUAUUCAAAUAAAUAUUACGAAUAAUUAUUUGUAACUAUAUUAUUAUAUUAUAUAUUAUAUAUAUAUAUAUAUAUUAUUAUAAUUAUUGUAAAGUGAAAUUAAUAUAAAAAUUAUACGUUGCGUUCGAGAUAUCGCAUGGAAGGGUAAAUGCAAGAACAGAGAGUCUGUCAUUGCUGAAACAGUAUCUCGCGAUUUUUUCUUAUAUAGAAGUUCGAUCGUUCUUCGAAGAGAAUCGGCGAUGUUUUAAUUUUUUAUCGCACGAUACGUGUUUAACUCUCUCGAGACGACUGUAAGCUACACAUAUAAGUUACGCAAAUUAAGAUCACGAAUAAUGAUUAAGAAUCGUAUUAGAAAAUUUUUAAAUAUUCGAUCGCGACGAGGGUAUACGUAAAGUUUAGAUAAAUACAAAAUUAAUUUUAGGUUUCUGCCAUUUUUGAGUGGCACUAAAAAAAGACUGUCGCCAAUUACUGCCCAUGUUUUAUAUAACAAUCAACAAUUGCAUCGAGGGAGUUAAAGAGGAGUAACGCAUUCGAGCGAAAUACAUUUAUGUUCUUUUAUUAUUACUUCUAAUAAUAUAUUUAUGUUAUUCGCUAUUGUAAAAGAUAAGAAGGAGCGCGAGCAAAAUGAUUGACGAUCAUAGUCUGCGUAAUUUCCCUUUUGUUUGGUAAAGCGUUGAAAAAUUUUUGUAUUGUACAUUAGCAUCAAAGGAUGGCCGAAUGAUUUUGAAACGUUAAGCCGUCUAUGCCAUUCAACGCGAUCCGCAAAUUAAAUCACCUUCCAUUCAUUAUUUCAAUACUUAUAGAAUAUAUAAUACAAUUACAAAAAAUAUGUACACUGGUCCCUCGGUGUAUGCGUGAAGUAUCUGUUCUGCGUGAUUUCUUUUUAAGUUGCAUAUUUUCAAUUCAUUUCGUUUAUAAUCGCGAGAACCGAUGCAGUAUGAAAUUGAAAUCGCGUAUAAAACCUCUGUGACGCGUAAACAGAGGGAUCAGUUUUCGGUCGAAACCCGAAGAAUCUCGAUCGAAACAAGUAUUGAAUCUCCUUCUUUUCAAACACUUUGUAUAACAAAGUUGUUGACAGGGAAAAUGUUGAAAAAAGAAAAGAAUACUUAAACAUACGAAAGAGAAUCGAUACGCUGUAAGUUCCAUUUUGUACGUGCACCGAUCGUAAUCGUCGCGAUUUUUGCGAGAACUUUCGCGAUAAGAGCUCGAAAACUGUGAGGACAAUUAAAAGGGUAAAAGGAAUUUACGUAGCCAAGAAGAAUGAGAGAAAAACAGACAGAGAGAAAGAGAGAGAGAGAGAGAGGAAGUAAGAAUGAGAGAAAGGAUGAAUGUGUCCCUCGUACAAUUAUCGUAAGAACAACUAAAUGUUGACUGUUUUUCCUCCUACGAUACGAUAAAUCUUAUAAUUGUAUUUGUUCGAAAUUUGAAUGAAAAUGAAUGAUAUUCUCGUUUGAUCGAAGAGGAAACGUUUCGACGAACGGUGGCUCGUGUUCUUCAGAGGAAAAGAUUCAAUCCGACAGAUUGUAAUAAUUGUGCCUAGGAUAAUUUAUAUAAAAAAAAAAGAAGAAAUUAGGUGAAAUCUUCCGCCUUCAACUUCUAAUAACUCGGCCUUUUCUGUUGUAUAUACAUACGUUCUUUUUAAAAUUCUCGUAAUCGCUGGAUAGCGAGUGAGACGGAAGUAAUAAAGUAUUGGAAGAAGAAAGGAUGAAGAGAGGAGAAUUUCGAAAGUGCCCCAAUGCGACGAAAAGAUGAAGAUUUAUAUAAUAAAUACGCGAGAUUAUUUAGUAAAAUUGACAAUGAAUGCGAGUGUUGUGUGUGCAAUCGAACGUUCGUCGAGUUCCUUUUAUUUUUUUAUUUCUUUCUUUUUUUUUCAUCAAAUUUGUAUCAUUUAAAUUCCACCUAAUUUUGCUUGCAAAAUUAUUAUAACACUUUGAUGGCCGGUUUCACGUAUUUGUAACGUCGCAUCGGUAUACGAAUCUUUACAUUAUAUUUACCGUAUCAUGCACGAAUUGUACCUUAAAAAAUGGUAACUCCCACAGCUUACAAUACAAUACACCAGCAGUCAAAUAUAAAUCUACCAAUAAGCCUUAGUUUAGUAAGACGGAAGACGCGAAAGUACAAUAGUCAUAGAUUCUAUGAAAUAUACGACCGUCAAAGUGUUAAUUUUUAAUCAGCUUUCGCAAAUAAUUAAACACGAACAUUUAUUAUUCUUCGGAAGAAAUACCAUUUUAUCACGUUAUCGUACUCUGUACUCGUAAGUCUUUUAAGUUGACGAACAAUUAUACAUUGCAGAUCCCCGAUUCAGGAAUAUAUAGCAAAAUUACGGCGUUAAUCCUUGUGUUAAUAAUUCGUUUUCAUACUUACCUUAAUUUACAUUAACGGAAUUACUAUGUUCAUAUUAAAAUAUUUAUAAACGAUUAUAGAUUUCUAUUAUUUGGACAUUUUUACGUUCGUGUAAUGUUUAUACUAGAAAUACUUGGAUGCCUCCGUUAUUUUGUGGAAAGAUGAUCCGGAUAUCAACACGUUAAACGACCGUAAAAAUUUUGUCUAUUAGCACAAGGGUUAAAAAAUAUCUUGUAACAAAUGUGCCAUACUUCGACGUGGCUGGAACAGGAAUAUUCUCGAGUAGCGACAUAUUAUGUUUUAUACAUUAUGAUUAUUAUUAUUAUUAUUAUUAUCACUUUUAUUAUCAUCGUAAUUAUUAUUAUUAUUAUUAUUAUUAUUAUUAUUAUUAUCAUUAUUAUUAUCCAUUAAAAAGUCUCUCGCUAUUCGCUGUGUAGACUUGCGAGUUUUCGUGUACAGUGUACAGAAACCAUCUAUAAGUCUCGCCAUUACGUUCUUACAGUGUGCUAGCAUCUAAUUACGAGAAUUUUAUUUAACGACCGAUCGUAUGAAAUAAAUUGAAAUAUUAAAAAAUUCA